AUGUCUCACGAAAGAACGAAAUAUGCGGAUAGCAUCCUUAUCUCAAAGCAACCUUAUGAAGCCACGGAGACCAUAAGGAUUAGAUUGUCCCAGGCCAAGUUGAUCAAUAAGAACUUCUAUUUAUUCUUUAAGGAAGUAGCUGAUUUGAAGAAAUCAUACUCCCAGCAAUUGAGGAAGAUUAUCGCAGAAAACGAGGACCUAAACAAGCUUUUAAACCAACAAAUGUUGCAAAAUCAGGUGUUAACCCCUGAAGAGAUGCAAAACUUCAAAUUUAACUCAUUGGGGGAAUUUCAACCUCUUUGGAAUACUGUCAUGGAGGAACUCAAGACGGACUUAAAUGCGAACGUGGAAUUCCAACAUGUAUUACAACAACAAGUCGUUUCGGCCUUAAAGGAUUCCACUGAAAAUAACUCAAAUUGGAGUGAAAGUAAGAGAUUACAUUCGAAAUUGAGUCAAAUUGCCGCGUCUAUUGAAUAUUAUUCUAAGAAUCAAAAUGAUAAUAAUAAUAACAAUAAAUUAGAAGAUGCUAAUAGACAAUGGGGUGCUGAAGCUCCUUAUUUAUUUGAAUUGUUUGAAACUAUUGACUUUAAUAGAUUACAAAUAUUGAAAGAUUGUUUGUUGAGAUAUCAAACUGGAUUUAGUGAUUAUUUAUUAAAUACUACAGGUCAAUGUGAAACUGUUAUGGCUAAAUUACUAGAAUUCGACCCUGAAUUGGAAAUUGAUCGUUUUGCUCAACAAGCUGCUCAAUAUGAUUUUACUACAAUUACUGAUCAUAAUGAAUUUAAUAAAAAAAUUACUCAGCAGCAACAACAGCAGCAGUCAAAGGCAAGAAUUGCAAGCAACGGAACAAAUGCUUCCUCGCCUCACAAGGAAAAGAGAAAGAGUACAUUUGGUAAUUUGGGUCAUCGUUUUACUUCUUCAUCCACAGUGUUACAUCACGAUUUAUUAAAUAAUGAAUUCUCAGAUUCAACAAACAAUCCAACAUUGAAGAAUAAAAAAUCUUCCCAUAAAUUAAGAUCAAGAAUGGGGUCCAUAUUUGGUAAGAAUUUAUUAGGAGGUAAUAAAAAUAGAAAAUCUCAAUAUGGAGAGAAUUCUAAAUCAAAAGUAGCAGAAAAGGAAAACCAACGACCAAAAUCAAACUCAAUUUCCACUUCAAAUUCAAACUCAAACUCAAGGAUCCCAUCUUCCUCCAACGUUAAUAAUAAUGGUAACAAUAGUCGUCGUGGUACUUUCACUUCAACAGCAAGUUCUGAAAACUUUAAGAAAGCUCAGCAACAGCAACAGCAACAACAGCAACAACAGGUCUCAAACAAUAACAGAUUCUCUACACAACCUCCAGUUGACAAUAGAAACGAUAUGAUAAGAGAAGAACCAAGAAAUGUUUCUUCACAACCAUACCAGAGCCAGCAGCCAUUGCCUGAAAACUCAAACGGUAUCUCUAUGGCACAAGCACCAUUGCAACCACAGAUGAAGAACAAACCUUUACCUAAUGAACCAAGUUCAAAUCCAUAUGGUUUACCUCCUGUGCAAGAACAAGGACAAGCUGUAAAUGAAGAUAGACCAUUACAUAUCCAUGCACCUGCACCACCACCUGCUAGAAAGCAAACCAUAUCAAGGGAUUCUGAAAUUCCAGCAACGCCAGCAGUACCAGCACAAGUAGCUCAAGUUAUGCCAAUGCAAGUAACUGGUGAAUUGAAAGAAUUGAAUCCACAAGCUACUGGUUCCUCUAGUAUGUUGAAUGGACAAUCUUUGUUCCACCAUGCCACUUUGGAGAAUUCUACAUUUGGAUUAAAUGCUAGUGUUGCUGAAGUAAUAAACGCUACUUUUAAGGAAGGUGUCUUACAAGAUAGUCAAUUAGUGGGUGAAAUUGCCUUCACAUAUAUUCCAAAUUCAGUAAUGAAUACACCAUUACCCAUUGGAAUUAAUCUAAAGAUUCACAAUAGUGAUAAAUUUGACAAAGUUAUAUUGAAUCAAGCCUUUAUGGAAAGAGUUGAUUCUGAACAAUACAAGAUUAACCCUGAGUUUAUUGAUUCUAGAUCUUUAGGUGCAAUUAAGUAUUCUAUUAAAUCACCUCUAACACCACCUAUUGUUGUUCAACCAGUUUGGAAAUUUGAACCACAUCAAGCCAGUGUUGUAUUAACGGUGAAAAUGUCGCCAAUGGUGCCUGCAGAAAUUAAACAAUUAGUAUUGAAUGAUUUUGUUGUUUCUGUUUCCAUUGAUGGUGCUGAAACCACAAGUGCAUUGUCUAAACCACAAGGUUCAUUCAGUAAAGAAAAGAAGAGAAUUACAUGGAGAUUUAAGGAGCCAUUUGUAAUAAAUAGAGAUCAAGAAAGUGAUAGAUUAAUUGCCAGAUUUAUUACUCAAGGUGUUGCCAGAGAAUCCAAGAAUGGUGUCAUUACCAAAUUUGUUAUUCGUGAUCAUAUUAAAGGUGUUGGUAGUGAUUUAACUUUGGAUGCUCAAGAAUUGGAUGUUAAUGAUCCAUUUGGUGGUGAAUGGACCCCAGUUAAUACAUCCACCACAUUAACUGCCGGUAAUUAUCACGGAUGUUCCUGA